AUGUCUUCUCGUGAUCCACAAUGGAAAACUUCCAUCUACGCCCUCACCGUCGCCCUGAUCAUCAUCAGCACCCUCGUCGUCGGCGCGCGUCUGGCCCUAGGCAUCCUGCAGCGGCGGUCAAAGUCCCGGCGCUUGGCCGUGCCCCUGACGGGCGAGGAGGCCUGGCUGCUCACGGCGCACGUAUUCUCCGUGGUGACGGCCGUCCUGUACCUGAUCAUCAUCCUGCGUUGGUCGAGCCUCGUCGAGCAGGCGCCGGGCGGCGUGGUGACUACCGUAUCGACCGACGACUACAGAUUCGUCUCGUACCGCUUCUUCGCCGUCACCCUCUGCUUCCUCUCGAGCCUCUGGGCGGCGAAAUUCAGCUUCCUGUGGAUGUACAGGCCACUCUUCAGGGACAUGCCCGUGUGCCGAGUGCUGUGGUACCUUUUAUUGGCCUUUUGCACUGUGUUGCUGAUUGUUUGCUACGUCACCGUCUUCACCGUGUGCACCUCAUUGGACGCGUCGUUCAACGGCGGAACCUGCAAUACUCCCUUCAACACCCCACGCGGCGCCAUAACCUUUUGGUUUUGCUACGUAGCCGACAUCCUGACCGACCUGUUGAUCAUGGCCUUUCCUAUGCAACUGUUGAGGCACCUGCGGCUGCCGUUGGCUCGCAAGGUGGGCAUCGCCUGUCUGUUCUGCGCCGGCUGGGUCUGCAUAGUCAUCUCCUCUGUGCGGGCGUGGCAGUUGAACAAGGUCGUGGGCCAGCCGGACCUGCAGUGGCUGGCGCUAUGGGGGACGAUCGAGACUUCAGUUGUGGUCAUGACCGUCAGCGCUCCCGGCAUAUACCGCGUCGUGAACGCUCUGACGAGUACCCGACGGUCGAGAGAACGUUUCAACGAGCGGCGCUCCCGUUGUCACCGGCGCAAUCGGAACAGUGAUGUUGAGCUCACUGCCUCUCUGCAGAAAAGCAGCGUAGUCACGAGCUGUAUAAGCGAGCCAGCCCAGUCUGAUAAUCGGGGAAACGAGAGCUAG